GAUUUUGCAUUUCGGGGGGAGAGACCUGUUAUAAACAACACAGGUCUCUCCUCUGUCAGCUCCUGCACACUGCUUUGUAUGGCUCUGCAUAGCAGAGCAUACAAAGCAGUGUGCUUACUGAAGCACACACAAAGCCUACGUAGUAAAACAGCACACUGCACACAAUAAAAAAGCACACAGUUAACCCUUGAUCACCCCACAUGUUAACCCCAUCCUGCACAGUGCCAUUAGUACAGUGUCAGUGCUUUUUAUUAGCACUGAUCACUGUAUUGGUGCUACUGGGGAUGUCAGUGAAAAUCAAAUCAGUUCCCCCCAGUGCCAGAAUGCCCGCCGCAGUCCCACUAUAA